GCUGGAGAUACUGUCAAAUCGUAUAUAUACCACGAUAACUCGUGAAAUUAUUUACGAAGUUAUGACAAUAUUGACUUGUCAAUGAUUGAUAAACAAAGAGUGAGUUUUUAUGUUAAUACCCGACAUUUAGCGAGAUGAGGGACUAGAGUGUCCCAGUUAUUUUUGCUGAAAUAAAAAAGCAGAAGAAUUAUUGAUUCGCUUAACGAGCUCGACUGCAACAAUAUUCAAGAAUUUUCAUUGCAAAAUGAGGGGAAUUUUGAUCUUCGAUCAUCUCAAUGACGUGCUCUUCACAAAAUGCAACCGCAAGUUCUCGAAACAUGUUUUUAAUCUUGGCAAGAUUCAGGGAUUAAUCCCCGAAGACGAGGACGAAGAAUCGUGGAAACUGAGCGGGAAUGUCAUAAUGCAGCUGUUUUCACCGGUUGUCACCUCCCAGCAGGUGAUGGCCUCACAAUUUGGCAAUUCUUACACCUCGAUGCAGUGCCAGGAUGGCACCAAUAUCGUUUUUGAUGAUGCUAUGGGCUACACAUUCAUCUAUGUGUCCACUGAUGAUGUCGAGUUCAUGAAGAGAACAUUGGGGAUUUGCGUGACGAUCGUCACGCACGUUUGUGGACCUGAUGUUGCUACAUUAAAAUCAAGCAGACAGAAAGCUUCCCUGGUGUCUUCCUUGCUGGACGCCUGGAGAUUCCUCCGUCAAACGGAGCAAAGUAUCCUGACAGAAUCAGUCGAGCAACUCAGCGUGAACGCAGACAUAGCAUCCUCAACCUUGAAAAUCCUGCACGAGACCUCAGACAAGCUCAAGACGCAGUCAGAAUUCUCGAACGUGCACGCUCUAGUUUUGGUGGAGAAUAAAUUUCUCUCUCUGUACUCGAGCAAAAAUGCCCAGGACCUCAGGGCAGCAGACAUUCUCCUGAUGAUUCUGAUGUGCCGAGUCGCCAGUGGAAGCAAAUCCGAGGAUCUGGAGAAUGAUGGAGACAUGCUUCUAAGCCAAAGUCAUGGGUCCAGCGACGAAGGAUCCCUGGGCAUUGGAGGAAAACUGCCUAAUCCUACAUUAGCUGAUAUUGGCCACCUAUUCGGUGAUUCGAGAGACUCCUCAUUCAGCGAGGGACUGAAUGCCCUGGCUGAGGAGGGUCUCUUCAGCCAACUGUUGCUCCUGGGGUCCGAGCAGAGCAGAACCUCCAAUGCAAUUCACAUCUACGAGAUUUCUGAAGGGAUUCACCUGGCAGUCAUCCUCGAAGUUACGAAUUUAGCAACUUCCUCUGGGAUUUACGAGAGUUUCUAUCAUCUCAAUGUGAUGAAUGGUCUUCAGCUACAGAGAGAUCUCGACGAGCUGCGAAUAGCCUUCGACAAUUUCGAUGGAGCCAUUAAAAAAACCGUCGAUGGCAUCAAGAAAAACCGAGGGCACGUGGGGAGUGACGUUGACAUGUGUCAGAGACGCUUGCAGGUUAAAUGGGAAUUUGUUCGAAAAAAGUACUUGGAGCUCUUCAAGUCGAGGGACCCAGAGGCUAUCCUCCAGAUUGAAUCCAAUAUCUCUGGGUUUAUAGAUACAAUGAAGGACCUAUUCAGACUUACUUGUUUCAGCAGGAGCUUCCUUAAGAAUGGAAAUGAUGUUGUACUUACUGUCUGUCGACUUGUCAAGCAGAAGUUUAAUGACUUCAGUGGAUUUCUCAGGGUCAAGGCUAUCAAGAAUUUCACUUUGAGGUCGAGGACUUCGUUGACGAUUAAUAAGUAUCUCGAGGAGUUUCCCGGCCUUGUGCAUUUUAUUUACAUCGAUAGAACCACACACAGACUGACUGCACCCACCCUAGAUUUUACCAAUCCAGAGACUUUGGCACUUACUACUAAAAAAAUAUGGUCAAUGAUCGAUCACAGCAGGAAUCAUCUGCAGGAGGGACAUUUUUCUGUUAUGUGGAAAGAUACUACUUUCAAUUAUGCCUAUUUUCUGUGGUUUGAGGACAGCUCGGGUGCUCCUCUGAAGUGCAAAACCUACCUGAACAGUGUGAUAAAGAAUUUUCCAGUACCUGGAAUUUUAUGUGAUGACUAUUACAAGAAAUUAGCACAGGUUUGCUUUCCAAAGGUAUCUCCCAGCAAAAUCCAAAUUUACGAACUCUACUGCGUUCACUUGGGUCUCGCCACAUCCUCAUGUGUGCUCGAGCACUCGAGAAGACUAGCAGCUACAAUCUGGGAAGUCACUGGACUUCCAAACAAUCCUGCUGAUCUGUUGUAAAUGUUUAUCCAUUUAUUGAAUUUUAAUAAUCCCUGGAGUCCCAAGGGAACAAUCAGAAUUGUGCCAAUGUUUUUAAAACAUUUUGUAAUUAGAUUUUUAUUCAAAAGACAGUAUUUAUAGGCCGUACCAUAAUAUCAACAUUUGUUAUUGUUUUUGUUUUCUCCUCUACGAUAAGCCCUCUUAAUGACGCAAUUGUAAAUAAAUGAGUAUAAAACGAA